CCAGCCCCAUUGCCCAAAUAUCCCAGUGUGUGUGUGCGCUUCCUGCCGAGUGGACUUCGCGGUGAAUGCGCCCCGGCCUUUAUGACGCGCGCCGCUCACGUUUGAGGAGAACCCCCAGACUUCAGCUCCACUACUGUAGUCCACACAAAGGACGCACUCGUUCCUUUAUGACGCGUCGAUCCGGAUUCCAGAAUGACACUGUAGAACGCGUCUCGAUUCGAAUUCAGCUGGACCGCGGCGGUUCGCGAAUCCGCUCUGCGUUGUGAGGGAAAUGGAUACGGGAAUGUGCGUUUCCUGCAGACGGAUAUAAGUUUGGCAUCAUUUAUUACUCGGUCUUCGUUACUACAUUACGUCAAGGGGGAAUAAACGGACUGAUUAAGCGGACGGGCCGGGGGGCAACAAUCGUUUGCAUUCAUUGAGGAGAAGAACAUCGAUAUUAUUCGUGCAAACGUCUUCGUGACUGUCCAUUUAAUUCUGUUGCUGUCUGGUUACUAGCCGUGCUUCUGAAGCCUCGGUUUUCACAAUGCAGUUUCGGACAGUUUUGGAUGUAAAAGUGGUGGAUGUGGAGAAGAGGAGGAAUCCAUCCAAACAUUACGUGUAUCUCAUCAAUGUCACAUACUCUGACUCCACGUCCCACGUCAUCUACAGAAGAUACAGUAAAUUCUUUGACCUUCAGAUGCAGAUUCUCGACAAGUUCCCAAUCGAGGGAGGGCAGAAAGAUCCCAAAAAAAGGAUUAUCCCUUUUCUUCCAGGCAAAAUCCUAUUCCGACGAAGUCAUGUGAGAGACGUGGCCAUGAAGAGACUACGUUUUAUUGACGACUAUUGCAGAGCGCUGGUCCGGCUUCCUCCCCAGAUCUCGCAGAGCGAGGAAGUUCUCCGCUUCUUUGAGACUAAACCAGAUGAUAUCAACCCUCCCGUAGAGGAUUAUGGAUCCAAACGCAAGUCAGUUUGGAUGUAUGGCCUUCAGGACAGUCCAACCAAGUCUGAGGCCUCAGGACUGGACAGCAGUGAGCCCAUGGUGCUGGAGCAGUAUGUGGUGGUGGCCAACUACGAGCGGCAGGAGAACUCUGAGAUCAGCCUGAAAGCUGGAGAGACGGUGGACGUAAUCGAGAAGAGCGAAAGCGGCUGGUGGUUUGUGAGCACAGCUGAAGAACAAGGCUGGGUUCCUGCCACGUACCUGGACUCUCAGAGCGGCACCCGAGAUGAUCUGGACCUGGGAACAUCUAGAUCUGGAGAAGUUACUAAGAGACGUAAGGCUCAUCUGAAGAGGCUCGACCGGAGAUGGACACUAGGGGGAAUAGUCAACCGCCAACAGAGUCGAGAGGAGAAAUAUGUCACCGUCCAGGCAUAUACCAGUCAGGGAAAGGAUGAGAUCGGGUUCGAGAAAGGAGUAACCGUGGAGGUCAUCCAGAAGAACCUGGAGGGAUGGUGGUACAUCAGGUAUCAGGGUAAAGAGGGCUGGGCCCCAGCCUCAUACCUGAAGAAACUGAAAGAUGACCUUUCCCCAAGGAAGAAGACUUUGACUGGCCCUGUGGAGAUCAUCGGAAACAUAAUGGAGAUCAGUAACCUCCUCAACAAGAAGGCUGUAAGCGAGAAAGACAUUCAGACUGACGGAGAGGCCACCAGCCCUGAGCGCCACAUCUCCAAAAGUGAAAUCAGUUUACCUAUCCCAUAUGCCCCAGAGGCUGGAGUGGCACACACAGUGGUCACUGGUUUGGGAAUGAACUCUGGAUCUAGCGCCGCCUUACAGGAGAACAAGAGCAGGGCAGAGCCGGGGUCACCUGCUAUAGCCCGGGUGGCACCACACAGAGUUGAGAUAGGAUUUGAUGCCAUAGGAUCUCCAAACCUCAGACAGAAACCUCCGCCUCGAAGAGAUACGAAUCUGGCAUUUCAGUUGCCCAAACCUCCAGAGGCCCCUACUGUGGAAGCGGAGUACUACACCAUAGCAGAGUUUCAAUCCAGUAUCUCAGAUGGCAUCAGCUUCCGUGGAGGACAAAAGGCUGAUGUCAUAGAGAAGAAUUCUAGUGGAUGGUGGUAUGUCCAGAUUGGGGAUAUGGAGGGCUGGGCACCCUGCUCCUUUAUUGAUAAACGCAAAAAGCCCAACCUGAGCCGGCGAACCAGCACACUUACCCGCCCUAAAGUUCCACCCCCUGCUCCACCAGUCAAGAAACAAGAUUCCGAGGAAUCACCUUCUCUGGUUGGCUCCGCUUCUAAAGCCCCAGAAUCCCCCACUCAGCGCGUCUAUGAGGAGCCGGAAUACGACGUUCCCGCCAUUGGUUUUGACUCCGAUCUGGACAGCAAUCCCCCAAAACUAAAAACAAAUAAUUCCCCAAAACCAGAGCCCCGUAAGUUUGAAAUCAAAAGCAACCCAGCAGCUGCCGAAAGAAUUGCACAGGCUGGCAAAGCAUCGCCUUUACUAAAAGUGAUGACCUCCCCCUUGAGGAAAAGAAACUCACUGGAGGAUGUUAAUAAGGAGGAGGUGAUUUAUGAAAAUGAAGGCUUUAGGUUCUCCUCUGAUGACUUUGCCAGUGGUUGCGAUUCAGAUACCCCAAGGAGUCUCACACUGGGUCGUAAACCCUUCGGGUCCUCCUCUGGAGGAGGAAAGCCCCUACGGAAGGUAACGCCAGAUCUAAGCCGGAGUCACUCUCUUGGCCGUGCUGAGAGACACAGCCCCAAAUCAUCAUCAGACGAAUCAGGACGCAAUCCCAAAAGAGAGCCUGUCAUGCGAAAAGAUGUGGAGAUCCGGGUUGGUCAAAGUCCCUUAGCCAGGCCCAAACCAGUGGUGCGACCCAAACCUCUCCUCACAAAGUCAGAGCCACAAAGUCCCGAAAGAAUGGAUAUUAGCAGCCUACGCCGCCAGCUUCGACCCACCGGAAGUCUUCGGCAAAGCGCGAUCCGCGCAGUACGUGGUGGUGAAGAUUCCGAGACUGCUUCCGUUGUGUCCUCUGAGGAUUCCAUCUCCUCAAGAAGUACCUCUGAUCUCUCCAGUGUCUAUUCCAAAGGUAGCCGAGGUGGGGAAUCCGACCAUGAAAGUGUACUCUACAGGACCACGGAUGCCUACGAACGAGCCCAAGAGUCGGAGGUCAGCUUCCCAGCUGGUGUGGAGGUUGAGGUGCUGGAGAAGCAGGAAAGUGGAUGGUGGUAUGUCCGUUGGGGUGAUGAUGAGGGAUGGGCACCUACUUUCUACUUGGAGCCAGUCAAGCAUACCCAUGACGUCGGUGUACAAGAAUCCCGUGAUGUUCCCCUUGUUGAUCUCGGUAGCACCAACAAGUCCAACAGCCUUGAGAAAAAUGAGCAGCGUGUUCAGGCACUCAACAACCUAAACCAGCAGAACCUUAGGAGUAUGAGUAAUCCAAGCCCACCAAUCCCAUCUAAACCACCAGGGGGUUUUAGCAAACCAACCGCAAUGUUGAACGGUUCAGGCGUACGGAUGAGGAACGGUGUCCGCCAGGCAGCAGUGCGACCGCAGUCGGUGUUUGUAUCUGCACCACAGCCUCUGAAGGACAGCAACAUCCAUACAGGGUCUUUGAGAAGAAAUGAAUCACUGGGUGCAGGCGACCAUAUGAGAUCCACAGGCGGCGUAAGGCGAAACUCCUCCUUCACCGCCGUUCGACCGCAGCCGGUGACUGACGUACGGGUCAGGUCUGGGACCACCAUUACAGCACCCGCCGGAAGCUCAAGCCCCUUGAUUGCCCAGAGAAACGGAAUUCCGAUCUCUACAGUAAGACCCAAGCCCAUUGAGAAGACGCACCUCAUUCACAACAACCUUCGAGAGGUUUACGUAUCUAUUGCUGACUACCGUGGCGACGAAGAGACCAUGGGUUUCUCGGAAGGCACUAGUCUUGAAGUUUUGGAGAAGAAUCCAAACGGAUGGUGGUACUGCCAGGUUCUCGAUGGCUUACAGGGACGCAAAGGCUGGGUACCAUCUAACUACCUGGAGAGAAAAAAGUAAUUCCCCAAAAAUGUUUUAAACAUGCACAAUUGUAAUCAAAAUGUAAAAAGACGAACUGCCUGAAGGACUUUUGGUUUGAAACGAGAGGGACAGAGCCUUUUAGAAAGGAGUUUACAUUAAAACUAGAGUCAUGCAGGUGAAUGUUUAGCAAAAUACCUGCCGUAACUUUAUGCCAAAUGGGUGCCUUCGAACAUCUUUCACUGAAUGUUAAGAGGAAUCGGUCAAAUGCCAGUGAAGCAACGAAAAUACCAAACUUCAGCUUAGUGCCAUAGGCCUACAAGUACAGAAAGCAACAACUUAUUUUUGUUACAACAUUAAUGAAAGAGAAAGAUGAUUUCAGCAUAGGUGCAUAACAAAAAGUGCAAAUCCAAUCUGAAGCACUUGAAAACAAGAAAUUCCUGUUGAAAAAAUUUUGAACAAAAAACCAACAUCAAAUGUUAUCUUAGCAUUGAGUGCGCUCAACGAAACAAAGCAUAACUUUGAUUGUCGUUUUUUAAAAACGUAUCUUUUUUUAGAAUUUGUUUUGUGUUGAUGUUUGUGUUAUACCUUCCUUAGAGAUGUAUUUCUGCUUUCUUGUAACAUCCUAACGCAUCAAAACUGAGUCACAUCCUGUCCUGAUCAGUUGCAGGUCGUCAAUGUUUAAGUCUCUUUUGUCUUCCCCAUUCAGGCCAAAAUAAAUAAAACAUGUUAAAGGAAAAUAUUCUGUGAAAGCUAAAUGCAUAGAUCACCUCAUGCCCACUUAAUUAUUGGGUGUAAACCCAAGUUUAGUUUAGUUUAGUUUAAGUGCAUCUGUUUAUAUUAGGAGGGUAGAAAGUUUCAAAGGACAGGACUUUAGAUAUUGCUGCUCUGUGUGUGCUAAAUCUGUUCAUUCAAGAAAUCAGGACUGGAAAAUCUUUUAUUUUGUUCAGCAUUUUAUCCCAGGGAAGUAGUGACAUAACAGUGAGCCCAAAAUGUGAUCACACCAAAGACGAAUUGCAGACACAUUUGCUAGUUUGUUUUAGUUAGUAUUUAUUUUAUGGGUACAAAUAAAUACAGUGUAUUCAGCAAAACCUAAACGAGGUUUCAGAACUGAGAACAAAGUAUAUUUAAUUGUUAUAUCUGGAAGCACUUGAUUUUUGUUAACCCAAAGAAAAGCACAUUAAUAUGCAAGGUUAAUUUCUACGUUACGAUAUUGCUGGGCAGUAUUGAAUCUGAAGUUACACAAUAAGCAGUUGAAACUACUAUGUUUUGACGAUCUUAGUCCAUAGUCCAAUCUUUAAUUUCUCGUUUAUCGACGUCUGAGCUCAGAAUGAUUCCUUCCCCCUUACUCAAUCAAAUAAUGUUCAUUAACAACUGCAUCAAACAGUUGAUGUUCAAGACUGCUGAAAUAUUUUUCUAAUGAAUAGUGCAAGCUCUUAAUUGAGUUUAGCACGACUUUUAUUUGAUUUAGUUUUCUGCUGGACAGUAUUUUAGUGUUAAACAGUUAAAACCUUAAUUACCUGCUAGAUUGCAGUUUAUAUUCUAUUAAGCAGAAAAUUGUUUAUUUUGUCUUGUUUGUUGGUUGUUGUGUGAUCACACAUGGACAAUAAUGAUGAAUGAAGUCGUUCAUUUGUUGUGAAUCAGUGCAUUUGAGCUUUUUCUUGAAUGCACUGGUUUAAAGAUGCAGUGCACUUCGUCAGCAUAUAAUUUAUUUUUUGUUGUAUUUAUAAUUUUUUAAUGUUUUUUAAAAAUGUUUUUAAUACUGUCUUGAAGAAGAUGCCAUUUUAUUGUCAUUUGACACUCUCUUUUAAAACUUGAAACUCUUGGUAGUUCUGUAGUAAUUGGCUACUGCUAUAUUCUCAGCUUUUUUCCUACCAAGAUGAUUUUUUUUUUUGUCUGUUAUGUAGGCCUGUAUCAAUUAGGGCAGAUGAAUAAUGUCUCCUACUGUCUUAAAAUUGGAAGUAGAUUUUUAAAACAAUUCUUAUGAACAUUUUUCACAUUAUGUGAACAUGCUUUCACAUAUUUUUUUUUUUUCCGAAAUGCAUUUUCAACCAAGCUGAUUGCUGCACCUUUAGCAACUAUGGACACUUCCUUUCUCGUUAUUGAUCCACAUAUAAUGCCAGAUUAUUUAAACGAAAAAUAUUGUCAUUUUAAUUUUUUUUUUUUAAUUGACAUUACAAAAACUCUGAAGAAUAAUCAAUCAGUCCUUCUAAUUAAAAGCCAGCAGUAAAAUGAAAAUGAUAAAAUGACAUUUUGUAAUUAAAAACAGCAGGGCUCUGUAGUUAUAUAGUAUAUGUGGAUCCCUAAUUGUGACUGGACCAAAUUUAAUUUGAGUGUUUCAUUUAAAUGUUAUUGUUAAAAAAAAAAUAAAAAAAAACAGCAAUAAUGGGAUUUUAAAGUUCUAAUAUGUUUUUAACUUUUAAAUUUGAAAACGAAGCCAUUGCACUCUCAAUUGCAACUCUGUUUUUGACGAUGGCAUUAUAGAAAUGUGUCGACUCACUACAGCGCAGCGCUUGUGAUGGAUGUUGCUAAGCUCCAUUAACUUUGCUUUUUCUUCAUUUGCGCCUAUACGAUUUACAAGGGAACUGUUAAGUGUCAAACUAGUUCUUAUCUCAUAUUACUUGUGUAUCUGCUAGCUUUGUUUUGUGUUCUUUAUUUAUUUAAAUUUUAAUGCUUUUUUUUUCAGGAACAGUAUUGUGUUUUACUUUCGUUUUUCUUCUUCUUUUCUCCUGUUCACUUUUGACAUUACUCAGAUGGAAUGAGGAAAUGUGCAAUACAAAAACAGGCAUCUCACCAAUUAAGAACCAUAGUCUUGAAAAAAAAUCAGUUUUUACUUAUAAUUCCGACAAUUUUUUUUGACAGAUAAUGCCUGGUUUUGUCCCAUUGUUUUUUUUAAAAGUCAAAAUAUAUCAAUGUGUGUUCAAAUAUGCUAUGCUGAAUGUUAAAAUGCCCUGAUAGAUGGACACCUUCAGUUUACCGGCCAACCAUGACUUGAUUUCUGCAUUCAUACUUUGUACCUACUGAACCGCAUCUUGCUUUAUGGGGUUUAGUGACCUUACAGACCCAUGGUGAAUCAGUAUGGAAAUAAUAGGGAAGCAUGGGCAUAUCUGAUUCUGCGAGGCAUUUGUCAGUUUAGCCUGUCAAAUAACACAUUUGAGAUGGUGGGGCCAGUCCAUCAGCAGCUAUAUGAGCGCCGCAUCAUACACUGCCAACUUCCCCACAUCCGCCCCCUACAUUCCACUGUUACCAUGGCAAACUCAAUCCUAAAUCCCAAUCGACUUACAUACUGUAUCACUGUCAGAUUUAUUUUCAGUUUUGUUUAGUCUACUAACAAGUUCCGUUUUAGCUUUAAGUUUAUUCUGAAAAUCCAGGUUUAACUUUCACACACCUUUCAAUUAACAUGGACUGCAUAUAUUUGCUUUUCUUCCUGUCUGAAUUCAUUGUUGUCAGAGCUGAGAACGCUUUUGAAUUGGAAUGCUUUUACUGAGAGUUUAAACACAAGAACGGAGAAUUUCACUUUGGUUGAAAAUGAGGAGGGUUAUGGGUGAUUGUCUUUGAGUUUCUGACCAAGAGAAGCUUCUUGUGGGAAUUGAAACGUCUUCGUCUUUCUUAGGUGUGCUCUUAUUGCUGUGUUUUCUGUUUUCCUUUUGUAUGAUCACAUUAUGAUAUUAGGAUUUUUGAUUUUAUGUUUAUAUGGGAGAAUGUAUGGGAUGUAUUCACAGGGAUGUUCCAGGUUCUGUGACAUGGUGUUAAAAAUAAUUUCAACCAACCCAGUAUCUUGGGAAAAUGUAACUUAUUUUUGAGGUAUAAUUAUAUUUGUAUGAAUUUGUACAAUGAAGCUUAAAGUUCCAUCGUCAUCAGUUCAAAGAUCCAUUAAUAUGUAUGAUUUGAUUCAUACAGAAAUGUACAAUUUUAAGAAAAAAGUUAGCAAGAAGGUCCACCGAAUUCAGAGGACCAUGAACUUGUUCAAUGUUCAUGUGGAUGAUUCAUACAGAAACAUGAUUUUUAGGAAAAAGAUAUCAUGAAUCUCCAUGAAUUCGUAUGAAUUAGAUUUUUACAGAAACUGAUUUUUUAGAAAAAAGUAAGCAUGAAGUUCCAUCUUUACAAAUUCAAAGAUCCAAAGAUCAAAGAUUCAAAGAUCCAUGUACAAUAUCAUUCAUACAAAAACCUACAAUUUUUUCAAAAAAUCUUAGCAUGCAGGUCCACCUUCAUGAAUUCAAAGGGCCAUGAAUUUGUACGAUGUUCGUGUGGAUGAUUCAUAUGGAAGGAUACAAUUUUUACGAAAAAAAUAUCAUGAACAUCCAUAAAUUCGUAUAAUGUGACUUUUACAGAAAGUUACAGUUUUUAGUAAAAACUAAGCAUGAAGCACCAUCUUUACAAACAAAAGAUCCAUGAAUUUGUACGAACUGACUGAUACAGGAACGUAAAAUUUUUUGAAAAACGUCCACCUUUGUGAAUUUGAAGGUCCACGUAUUCAUACAAUGUGAUUCGUACUGAAAUUUACGAAUUUUAAACAAAAGCAUGAAAGAUCCACCCUUAAACCUAACCAUCAGUGGGUUCGCAACCAAAAUUUACCGAUUAAAUUACUAUAUUUAUUAAUGCAGUUAUAUGAUUUGGUUUUCAGAGUAUCUUAGUACAGAACCUGGAACAUUUCUUCAGCUUCUGAAUCAGAAUAGUAGAAUAUUACUUUACGAAAAAGAUUGUGAGGUGUAUUUUUCCUGUUUGUUUGGUGUAUUCUGUGGUGGUUUGUGUACGGGAGUUUUGAAAUGGUGGAAAGUGAAGGUGAAUAGAGGGAAUGUUUUGUUUAUGAUGUUUGGUUAGAAGGGAAAUCCAGUCAGGUAAGGUUAGGCAUGAUUAAACUGCUCUAAUGGACUUGAAGAAGCGUUUGCUGUGGAAAGAAAAGCAAGGCUUUUUACGAUAAUUGGCACUUCAGAGAAUCUUCCCGCUAGCAGCGGCUCAUUAUGAUGUCACAGUGGCACAGCACUGUCAUAAUAGCACUGGUGAGGCGCAGCGCUCGAGAAACACACUAGUUAUUUAUGUUGGAAAACCGACUGCAACUUAAUUCAAGCAAGCAGCCUUGUCUUCGAGGCCUUUGUUUCUCAAAACACAUCUCAGUGCUUGAGUACCCAUGCUGAGGUUUAGAAACUUGCAAACGGAUAUCCACCCCAGCUCGCCGCCGCUGCAGACCUCUUUAUAACAAUUAAAAAGUUGCUGACAGAAUGUGUAAAAGAAUAGGACUGCUCGUCUCCAGCUCACCCACCGCGGUGUCAGGAAUACACGCGCGCUGUGAAAUCACAUUACCCGAGUGCUCGGUUAAUUACAGAUGCUUGAGAAGAGCGCCGUGAAUACAAAUGUCACACUGAUUGUGGAUGUCGAGCUGCUGGGGGCUCGGAUCAGAUGCCGAGAUAGAUUGAUCGUGUCUCUAAUGGCUCACAGCAUGUCGAGAUGUAUUAACAUCAUCAAGAGGAAUCAUUUGAGCUUCCUGCGUCAGCGAAUGGCUUGAUUUACUGAGGCGUCUAUAUGUCGUGUUGGCGUACUACACAAGUUAUAAGAACGUACAUGAUCCAUUGUGUCGGAUGUCAGGGCUUGUGAAACCCAAGAUACGUCAGGGAAUUUUAAAACUGUGAGUUUCGAAUCUAAAAGUCAUGGAUGAUUUAUAGUUCUACUAAAACAUUUGAUUAAUUCUAGCAGUAAUCUGACUAACAUUUCAUGCGACCUUUCCUGGAUAAUAAGAAAGUAGGCCUAUGUUAGGCAUGGAUUAUGGUGGAGAGAGUCGUAUGUGUGCUCGCUGUGAUGUAUGAAGUGCUUAAAAGGAGUUUGGUAGGUUUUAUUUAUCUUUUUUCUGUUUUAAUUUGCAUUUAUAAUCAGAUGCAUCAGCGUUUGGUGUGAGGCGGCAGGGUGUGUUUAUGUGUUCACUUUGAUGCGAACAAGUGCAGAAAGCGAACAUGCUGCGGCGGUCUAAUCUCUUGCUGUUUUCUGUCCCUGUCUCUGCUCGGCUGUCUGCACUAAUUACCAUUCUUCUUCUCUUAAUUAACAGUCACGAAAAAACAGCACGCGGGGCCAGUGACUUCUUGCUUAAAAGAAUGUUUUGAUGAGCAUCACUCUGAAAUUUACAUGUUUUUGAGGUUUGCUUUCAUCACGCAUCAACUUAACAGACUGCUUAUUGCAUAGCAUGUAUUCUUGGACGGUCUCUUCAUUAAUAUUUCAAAAAAGACUUUUCAUUAACGACUCCUCAAGUGAUUUUUCAAGCAAAGUUGAAUUCUCUGACAGGAAGUGAAGAUGCCUAUAUUAAAUGAUAUGCCACAGUGUUUCUCUGUUACAGACGAUUGGAUUUAAGGAAUGUUUGGCUGGAUAUUUGCAAACCCCUCUUGUCAUAAGAUAUAUUAAAAAGUGUGCUCUUGGACAUAUUGAGAAAAGGCCUUGCAUUAUUAUUCAGCGCUCAGCCAAAUCUACAUUUUGUAUGCAUUUCUUUUUAAGAUGUAAAGAUCUACAGCUUCAGCUUUUAAUUUUCAGCAUUUUUGUUCUGUGUUUUUUUUUUUUUACUUUACGUUUUGUUUUUGUACCUUUUUAUGUUUACAUUGUAUCUUGCAUUGUCCUAAAGGAAAACACAAUAAAAUGUAUCCUCCUUGUUCUUA